AUGACCAAUUGGAAAGCCGACAAGGACACUGCCCUGCGUAAACCGGCAAAGAAGAAGCGGUCUCAGAAACAGGAGAUGAGAGAUCGAUUGACUAAAGACAUGUCAAGGAAAUGGCCUACGACCAAGCUUGGUGCCGCCGGUUUCCGCAACCCAGCCAUGUGGUGCUACCGCAAUUCAAUUCUGCAAGCAAUGAUGCAUCUACCAAUCUUCAUCAACUGGAUCAAAACGCACCAAGCUGGCAGAGGCUCGUGUGCGGAUACCGCGAAGGCCGGAAGAAAACCAAGCCCCCGAAAUAGCAGGCCCAGAAGAAGGUGCAUCGCGUGCGCCUUCAAACGUCUCAGCGAGGUGUACUGGGAAGAACCGAGAAACACCACGAAUAUUGAGAACGAGCUUAAAGCUUUCAACCGAGUAGCCAACGAUGCUGGAUGGCAAUACAAGAGCGAGAACGAGGAAGCAGACACUCACGACUUCAUCACCGAGCUAGUAAACCACCUCGCCGGCGGCCUUGGAGGCCCACCACAGAUGCCCGUCGAUAUGAUCAACGCCCUCUUCAAAGUCGAAAUACAGACACGCCGCAAAUGCAAGCGGAAGGGCUGUGGCCACAUUCACACUAAACAGCACACUGACCACGAGUUCGGCCUCUCGAUUGGCAUCACCGACCCCGCCAAGAACCUCAACAUCAGCAAGUACCUCGACCGCUACUUCCAGACCCGCACCGACGACGACGCCAAAUGCGACAAAUGCCACUCCAAGUCAAGCAUGCCGCGCAUCAUGACCAUCGAAGCCGCGCCCGAGGUGCUGUUAGUGCAGUUCAAGCGCUUCCAGACCGAGAUGGUGAUGCGCAGAGGGCGGGUUGUUGACACCGUCAUCAGGAAGCUAGAGUCCGAUGUCCGCUUCGACGUGUGGCUGGACCUCAGCAAAUACCAAACCGACCCCGACCACCGCGAAGCCGGCAGCUUGCGCUAUAAGCUGUCGAGCGUCGUGUACCAUGAGGGCACCAAGGACGGGGGGCACUACGUGGCCAGGGUCACGGGGCCGCUGGGGGUGCGGUAUGUCAACGACAAUUCGGUCGAGAGGGCGACACUGUCGUCGUUGAUCCAGCCCCGUGACCGCGGUUUCACACCGUACGUGCUUGUGUAUACGAAGUGUUAG